UAUCCUGUACCCUCCAUUUGUGUUUGAAAAUAUCAAAUACUCUUCUCCAAUCCUAGCACCUUUCUUUUGGUGCCAAUUACUCCCAGAGCGAUACCUCCUCUUCACCCGUAACAACAACUUCUUCUCCCACAAGUUCACCUUUUUCACAGUAGUCUAGCGAGCUCCUCCUCACAAGUCACAACACCAUAGAACAUCCUCCCCCUCUUCCUUCCUUUGCGCGUCCCUAUUGAAGAGACAUGAUUCCGGAAGCUAUAUAGUAGCCUUACGAAAUGAUCAUUCCAAAAUAUAGGUUGAGUUUCAGAAUACAUAAAUUCAAUCAUUAUUUUUUAUUGAUAUUGAACAAGCAUUCUGGAAUCAAUUUUUUACUAUUAUGAAACUCUUAUUCCAAAAGCUAUUAUUAUAAAACAUCUAUUCUCAAAUGCGAAAGAACAUGAGCCGUGGCGUUGUGAGGAGGGUGUGAGGGGAAGAAGGUGGCGCGGGACAAGGAGGAGCCGUUGUGAGAGCUACCAUGGCAGGUUGGAUGGUUUCCGAAGGAGAGAGGUGUUAGGGUUGAGAAAGGAGGUAUUAAUUCAUUAACGGUGGUUUAGCUAGUGAUAGGGUCAAAUUGGAGCGUGCGUGGGAAAUAAACAAAGAAAAAGGUGAGAGUUUUUUAUUUUGAUUUUUGAGUAUCAGGUUACCGUUAUGAUUUGACUUUGAUGGUCUUUUUCUUCCACCAACACAAAUUCAAAUUUCAAAACUUGCUUCUCUCUCAACCUUGCCUUAAUUAACCCCAACACAUCACAAACCACGCUCCAUGCUCUCUCUUACACUAAACUAAAACGCCGAAAAAAAACACUUUCUCUCUUUCACAGUGCUUCACAGCAGAAGCUACCUCUCCUCUUACUCGCUCCGUUUGCUCAGCAAAACGGUUUCUUUUCUCCAAUGGGUGCUUCGGGAAGGUGGUUUAAGUCACUUCUUCCUUUUAGAAAGACCUCAACUGAUCAAGAGAAGGGUGGUGACAACAAGAGUAAGAAGAAGUGGAAGCUAUGGAGGGCAUCUUCAGAAGGGUCCAUGAAGAAUGUUGGUGGUGGUGGUGCUGCUGCUGCAUCUGAUUCUUCCCUUACUUAUGCGGUGGCUGUGAUGGUUCCCAAAGAUUUCAAGCUCAUCAAGCAGGAAUGGGCUGCCAUCCGCAUUCAGGCGGUGUUUCGAGCCUUCUUGGCUAGACGAGCUUUGAGGGCCUUGAGGGCAGUAGUAAGGCUACAAGCUAUUUUUAGAGGCCGGCUAGUCAGGAAGCAAGCAGCUGUUACUCUGAGGUGCAUGCAGGCUCUUGUUCGAGUUCAAGCACGUGUGAGGGCAAGGAAUGUGAGGAAUUCUCCUGAAGGGAAAGCUGUGCAGAAAUUACUGGAUGAGCAUCACAACCACGCUGAUCCUUUUAAUCUAAUUGAGCAAGGAUGGUGUGACAUUCCUGGAACUAUGGAUGAAGUUAAAGCAAAGCUACGAAUGAGGCAAGAAGGAGCCAUCAAGAGGGAUAGAGCAAUGGCAUACUCUCUCUCCACUCAGUCAAGACUGUGUGCUAGUCCAAACCCAAAAGCCACUAAGGCAUUGACUCCUGUCAAGCAUAACAACCCAAGCAACAAGAGCUUAGGAUAUAGCUUGUUGGAACGCUGGAUGGAGGCCAAGCCAUGGGAGAGUCCAAUCUCUAGGAAGAGUGAAGACCUUGUUCCUGCUUUUCAAUCAAGAAGGAAUGGUAUGACAACUAGGAUUUCAGUUAAGCCUAUUAUAACCAGUCAAUCGACUUCAUCAUCUUCGGCCAUGAGCUCUGAGUACAUGUGUGAUGAUAAUAGCCCUGUGUCAACAUCUUAUACCUCUGGAUCUCUAUCCUUGCCAUCCACCAACACUGUUUUGGUGGAAGCAACAGAGGAAAGAGAUGUUCAUCAGCCAAGCUACAUGAAUUUGACAGAAUCAACUAAGGCUAAACUUAAAGCCUGCAGGAGUUCUUCACAGAAUUCAAAGAGACUUGUAAUGGAGGACACAGUGUCUCACAAUCACAGCACAACAACAGGCCUUAUGAAUGGAGAUACUAGAAGCAGUUUUGAUUCUGAUCCUUCAGUUAACUUGUGGAAGGAUUCUUGUGCGACACCUCUAAGGGCAAGUUAUCAAAAACGACAAAUUAGGAUAUGAGUUUCUGUAACAGUGGCAGAUGUGUUGUUUACUUUCAAUGAGUUCAACAGCUUGUUGUCCGUAGUCAAGACCUUGACAAAUUAGGAUGAGUUUCUGUAACAGUGGCAGAUGUGCAAGUUAGGAUAGAGGGCUAAUUGGCUGUGUAGAUAACAUAAGUGGUUUUGUUUUAUUUUGUGUGAAGAAUGAAAUAGCAAACUAGUACACUACUUCAAUCUGUAUGGUGCUUUGUACACUAAUAUAUGGUUUAUGUAUGAAUUAUCUAACUCGAGUAGAAAUCGAGCUUUUUAUCGAUGCAUUGCCGUUUUUGUUUCCCACA